UCUCACUUCUUUCAUUCGCCCCUUUCCCUCCAACAACCAACAUUCAAGUUCUCUCUGCCUCUCUACGGAAAAUGAAACUACUUAAGAUUUUCUUGAUUCUUGUUGUUGUCAUGGCUCUAGUCCUCAGCACUGCAGCAUUGCCCCUCAAAGAAGACGAUGAUAUGGAUUAUGAAUUGAACGAACAAUCUGAUGAAAUAACUGAAUUCACUUCUGAACAUGAAUUUGGUCGCAUUCUUACUCAGAGGAGAAGAAAAGCUCGUCGAAUGACAUGUAACAAGUUUCCUAGGAUUUGCCAUGCCAGGGGAAGUCCAGGGCCUUGCCGCUGCAAAAAGAAGUGUGUAAAUAUUUUGACUGAUCGCUUUAACUGUGGAGCCUGCGGGAAGAAAUUCAAAUACAAUCACAUAUGCUGCAAUGGCAAAUGUGUAAAACCUUCCUUCAACAGGAGACACUGUGGUGGUUGCAACAAUAGCGGUAAAAAUGGAGGCUUUUGUGCUUUUGGUCUUUGCAACUAUGCAUAGGAAUUUUAUCAUAUAUUUUUUUUGGACUACCCAACUAAGUGCAACAACACAUGGCAACCAAAAUUCUCUAUAAAGACUUGACCCUAGUGCGUGCAUGUCUUCUCCACCUCGCCUCUCUCGCCCGCGGAAAAUGAAGCUACUUAAGGUCAUGGCUCCAGUAGUCCUCAACUUUACCACCCAAAGAAGAGCAAGAACAACAAGAAGGCGAUGAAUUGGAUUUUGAAUUGACUGAACAAUCUGAUGAAAUAACUAAAUUUAGUUUUGAGCAUGGAUUUGGUCGUAUUCUUACAGUAAAAAACCGGCCCGUAAUAAAUUCCCUCAGACAUGCCAUGGCAAGCGAAAUCCAGGGCCUUGCUGCUGCAAGAAAAAACAAAUACAAUCAGAUAUAUGCUGCAAUGUCAGACAUUGUGGGGGUUGCAACAAUAGGAGCUCAAUCAUAUUGAUCAGUUCGGAAUAUAUAUAUAUAUAUAUCUUAAUUUUUUUAUA